AUGAGCUUUGGGUGGUCUGCUGGAGACAUCUACCAGCUUAUUGUUGCCUGCCACACACUGGUGUCAAACUGUACUCUGGGACCAACGUCUGCUCUUCAAAUAGUUCAUGGCCUGUCGGUAGAGAUUCAGGAACUCGAACGCUUACUGCAACAGCUUCGGAGCCUCGUUAAAGAUGGCGGUGAGACUUCCUGUAUCGAUCUACGUGGAAUCGAGGAUACGCUGCGUGAUUGUCGCACACAUAUGCAGAAGUACAACAACCUGCAGCAGGCUUAUGAUAACCACCACAGAAACAGCACGGAUCCCACUGUAGUGGGAGAGAGACGGCCGGCUGCCACUUCAACCACCGGCGGACGUACUAGAGAAUUACUUAUGUCGGGUAGGAAUGCAGCCAGAGUAGGCGGGGAGCUGGUGAGACAUGCUACCUGGGGAGGUGGACAGAUAUCUGCUCUCCAGGACCGGGUUGCACGGCAUAAACAGUCUCUGACGCUCUAUCUUACGGUCUUGGAACGAGAACGGAGCAUCCGCAUGGGGAACAGGCUACAAAGUGUCGAACGUAUGAUUCAUGAAAUCCAUGCUGAAGCUAUGCCUUUAACUCGCACAUACCCUCUUCAGCGUGUUGGUUCGAUUCCUAGCUCGGGCUUAGGCAUUCCAGACGGCCCCUCUGCAGGCAGCGACCGCUAUCAUAUAAUGCUAGAAGCUGUCGAGCGCCAACGUGAAUAUGCCAUGCUCCAACGUACCCUCGCUGAAGAUGGUGAUGACCAGGAAUGGGAGACGAUUUGUGACCAGCUUGACCGAUUCCAUAGGCGAGUGUUGAAUGUCAUUGAGCGGAUGACAAACUCCAGUGCUCAGCACGGGAGUAGGAGCGAGCAUGGGUCACAGAGUGAAAGCGAUAUUGAACUCAACAGGACACUGCUGAACAUGUCAAGAGGCUCGUUCAGGUCUCCUCCAAAUGAAAAUCAAUCCUACCGCCGCAGACGUCACGCAGCGUUUGAGACCCCGCUGGAACGCUGUGACGAAACAGAGACGGAAACCGACCAUCAAACCACUCAUAUGUCCAUCAAUGGCACAGAGGAAGUAGUAGAUGAGCCGGAGAAUCCGAUUUAUCGCAGCUCAUCGACAGUUACCUUACCAUCUUACACCCAGUCUGUCUUCUCCAAUUUCACAUCGACAAGCACUGCUGCAACUGAAGAUACAGCAGUUAUAACUACCAAUACUACUCAUAUGGAGAUACCUGGCAGCCACAAUAAACCUUUAUAUAGUACUUCCCCUUCACAACCUCUCUCGGCCAGCCCAUCGACUGUCAACUCCCUUUCUAUCCCACUAUCCACGAGUCCUGGGUCAAUCAAUUCCUAUUCCACGCCAAUUAGCCCAGGUUUUGCCCCAAGACAGAGUCCCUCAAAUGCCCGUGAUUCCAUAUCUAGCUACGCCAGUACAGCAAGUAUUGCCAGUGCAGAUAAUGGUAAUGUUCCCGUGCGCAGCGGAAGCUGCAGCAAUGGAAACGGCAGUUUUUUCCCUCCCUCGCCGCGCAGGCGGGACACAGAUGAUUCAGGCCAUCAUUUGAGUUGUAGAUGGAAGACCAUUUCACUUAAUGGUCCUGUAAGAAUAUCAUGGCACGAUCAUCCGACGCGAGUCCGAUGCCUUCUUUCUGCAGGCUACAAGAGCGACGGGAGGAUGUGUGCAAUUCGCGCCAUAGAUCCUACUAAUACAGCUGAAAAGCUACCAAUUCUCAGGUUGUCGUCUACGGAAAGGCGGACCAUUCCGCAUAUCGAACCAUCAGGUGAUCGCGACAGGGACCAUGAAGCAGGAGUCAUUCACUUCAUCAAGGCGCCCAAGACAAAAUAUGGCGAGUAUCCAAUGUACUAUAUCGAAGAUCCAGAUGAUCGCAUCUAUCUACAAAGCUUGAUCUUUGGGAAAAAUCUACUGCUGUCAGUGCUGGUGAAAAAAGUGUAUAGCGCGAAUGGAAGAGAAUCAGAUCGCCAGUAUCUACGAAUAUGGGCAGAGAUGGACAGUGAAGGGCGCGAUGGAGACCUCUCAAUCUUGUACUUUGCUUCUGCCAGGGAGCGACCUCGAUAUUUCGAGAUUCAUCGAAACAAUAUCGAGCCGAGCUUUAACAGAAGCCACCACAACUUGGUUCUUGAACUCCAACUUCUACAGCCCGGCCAAUAUCUUCGGAUCACGUUUUUGUCUGCAUCAGACCUGCAACGCUUUACCGAUACGCUCUUUAAACACGAACGACCCCCUGUAUUGCAAGUCCCUCGUGUGUCGUCUCGGUUCGCUGAUGGGUCGGCCGCCCUCCCAUGGGGGAGCCCCUAG